AUGAGCACUGCUUCUGCGAACAAAGAGGUUGCGACCUUUGCAAAUGGAUGCUUCUGGGGCACAGAGCACAUUUUUAAGAAGCACUUCGCCGACAAAGGCUUGCUCAGUGCCGAAGUCGGCUACAUUGGUGGCGAUAAAAAGUUCACCAAUCCCACCUACGAAGAGGUGUGCACCGGAAAGACGGGUCAUGCUGAAGCUGCGCAGCUCGUAUUUGAUCCUGCGCAAGUGCAGUACGCGGAUCUCGUCGAGUUCUUCUACCGUUCCCACGACCCUACGGAGGAGAACGCCCAGGGGCCGGACCGUGGUACCCAGUACCGCAGUGCAAUCUUUGCGCACACGCCCGAGCAGGAGCGUAUCGCGCAAAAGGUCACGCAAGUAGUGCAGUCCAUGCACUUCGACAAGCAGGCCAAGCGCAUUGUGACACAGAUCCAGCUGGUGCCCGAGAGCGAUUUCCACCGCGCCGAGUCCUACCACCAAGAGUACCUCUUCAAUAACCCCAGUGGCUACCACUGCCCCACCCACCGCCUCUGGUGGUAG